CUCACUGUUGCCCAGCUGAGCUCGCCAAGCACCAGCAUCUCGGAGGCUAGCGACGCUUUUGGGCCGGCGGCAUCGCGGUCGCUCGCGCGCUGCGGAUAUUCGAUUCCCUCGGGAGGGAGGAGGGAGAUCGACACGGCCAGCUCCACGAAGCGAACCAGGAGCCCAGCCGCCCUCCCAAUCCAGCGCGCCUCGAUCGCCGCCGCCGUCGCCACCUCCCCCUCGCCUGCUCCGUUGCGCCUCCCGCCAUGUCCGGCGCGGCGGUCCAGGCGGUGGAGCCCCGCCCGGCGGCCGCAGCUGCUGCGUCUCAGCCGGCGGCGGCGAGGGGAGGGUGCGGGGGCCCGGCGCGGGCGGGGGCGGCGGCGGGGGCGACGAUGGAGCACGUGCGGCUGGCGCUGCGGGAGACGGAGGCGGAGCGGGAGGCGCGGAUCCGCGCCGUCUUCGCCUUCUUCGACGCCGCGGGGCGGGGCCACCUCGACCACGCGCAGAUCGCCGCGGGGCUCGCCGCACUGCGGGUCCCCGCCCCCGAGGGGGAGUCGGGGCCGGGGGCCGGGGCCGAGGACUACGCGCGCGCGCUGCUCCGCGCCUGUGACCGCGACCGCGACGGCCGGGUCGGGUACGACGACUUCCGCCGGUACAUGGACGACAAGGAGCUCGAGCUCUACCGCAUCUUCCAGGCCAUCGACGUCGAGCACAACGGUUGCAUCCUGCCCGAGGAGCUCUGGCACGCGCUCGUCAAGGCUGGUAUAGAAAUUGGUGAUGAAGAGCUUGCAAGAUUCGUUGAGCAUGUGGAUAAGGACAACGAUGGUAUUAUUACUUUUGAGGAAUGGAGAGAUUUUCUUUUGCUUUACCCUCAUGAAGCGACCAUUCAAAACAUUUAUCAUCACUGGGAAAGAGUCUGCCUUGUAGAUAUAGGUGAGCAGGCUGCUAUACCAGAAGGAAUAAGUAAACAUGUGAGUGCAAGCAAAUAUCUGAUUGCAGGAGGCAUUGCUGGCGCAGCAUCCCGUACUGCAACGGCACCUCUUGAUCGCCUCAAAGUUAAUAUGCAAGUGCAAACAAACCGUACUACAGUUGCACAUGCAGUUAAGAGUAUAUGGAAAGAGGGCGGUCUAGUGGGCUUUUUCAGAGGGAAUGCAUUGAAUGUGGUAAAAGUUGCUCCAGAAAGUGCUAUAAGGUUCUACACCUACGAAAUGCUUAAAGAAUACAUAAUGAAAAGUAAAGGAGAAGGUAAGAGUGACAUUGGUACCUCUGGACGUCUAAUGGCUGGUGGGUUGGCUGGUGCUGUCGCACAGACAUCAAUUUAUCCCAUUGAUUUAGUGAAGACUCGUCUACAGACUUAUGAAGGAGGCAGGAUUCCUACCCUUGGUGCACUAUCAAGGGAUAUAUGGAUACAUGAAGGUCCCCGAGCGUUCUACAGAGGCCUUGUUCCAUCAUUGCUUGGCAUGGUCCAUUAUGCUGGAAUUGAUCUUACUGUUUAUGAGACACUGAAAGGAAUGUCCAAGACAUAUAUCCUCAAGGACAGCGAUCCUGGCCCUUUAGUACAGUUGGGCUGUGGAACAGUCUCUGGAGCUCUAGGAGCAACAUGUGUGUACCCUUUACAGGUCGUCAGAACAAGAAUGCAAGCUCAGCCAGCCAAUUCAGAGGAUCCAUAUAGAGGAAUGACUGAUUGUUUUCGGAGAACAUUACGGCGUGAAGGAAUUUCUGGAUUUUACAAAGGGCUUGUACCAAAUCUUCUUAAAGUGGUGCCAGCUGCAAGUAUUACCUAUCUUGUUUAUGAGACGAUGAAGAAAAGUCUCUCCCUAGAUUAAAUAUUGUGUACCAGCAACUGAGUGUAGAGAUAGUAUUGAGGCAUGCCAUUCCUGGUUAAGUAGGUGCUAACAUAACAUCUCUGAAGUGUGAGAGUAUUUUGCCCUCAAGAUAGAGGAAAAGUGGGGCAUUCUCAUUCUUAUUGACAAAAAUAAAAAGGUGAUAUUAUGGUACAGAAAUCAAGGGUCCAAACCGGAAUACAGGUAGUUGUCCUUUGUUAACCUCUGCUGCAAGUAUUUCUUUUUGUGCCUUUUUUUGCUUCUGCUUAUAUGAUAUUAUAGUACUUUUAGUCUGGACUUAAGAGUUAAGAAAAACUUUCUGAUCAACAAUACCAUAAAGGGGUUUGUGGAUGAGGAGAAUUGAUCUAGUAGUCUCUUGGAUUUUAUUUGAAUUUUAUUUCAUUAUUAUAGUAAGGCUUGGGGCUUAAAGACAACCCUUCCCCAGACCCCGCACAGUGCGGGAAGCCUACGGCACUGGGUACGCCCUUUUAUUAUAGUGAUUCGGGUCCAAUAACAUAGAUGACAGAAGGCAUUACAGAUAGAUUGUAUCAUACUGUACCUAACAGUGGCUAGCUCAUCCAUGUUCACUAGGGGAUUAGUUGGUUUUUUUCUUAUUUGUAAUUCUCGUAAGUCAAAACAGACCAUGGAUACUUCAUUAUUGUUGAAGUAUUUGCUAUGGAUCAUUUAGGAGUCUAUACUAGCAACUAUUAACAUUUUGAAGUAUGAGAGAAUAAAAUCAUCUUAGCAGCUCUAUUCGGUCUAAGCAACCUUGACAUCAGUGCAACACAGUUGGGUCAUCAUCUAAACGAUGCUCUGAAACUUACCCAUUCCUUGUGCCUUGUUAAAGUUUAUGUCAGAGAUUGGUUAGUAAGCAUGCUAAUAUCUUAUAAUGGAAAUAAUGUCACAGUCUUUCAUUGUUUGGCCAGGUAAAGCUCUUGGUAGCAAAUCUUUCACAAGGAACUGUCAUCGUAUUUCAUGGCCAAUUUCCUGCUCUUCCUGUGGUUUUGUGAGAAAUACAUGAUUCCUAUAUUAACCAAUGCCUGAGAUUGUAAAAGUUGGCUCUGGAAUAGAAUAAAUCUACACUGUACUGAUUCACAAUUUCUAUAUUUACCUUUGUCUUAUGUGA